UUUCGCUUUGGUUUUCGCUAAGAUGUUGGGCUGUAGUUUGCUUGUUGAAUAUGUAUUGUUAUCAUUAAUUCUGCUUUAAAUUGAGACGCAUGGAACAAUGAAUUGCUUUUUAGUAGAACUGAUUAUAUUUUGUUUUGUCCCCUUAGCGGUUUCACUGGAGGUGAUGCUCACACCAGCUGUCAGUGCCACCUUUGGGGAAGAUGUCCUCCUUGGCUGCACGUUUUCACGCGCUGUUGCAGUUGAUUUGAGAUACAUUGUCAUUGAGUGGAACCAUAGAGUGGGAAAUGAGGAAAAAACUGUUUGCUUGUUUGACUUUGGAGAAUAUGAAAGCUAUAGACCAGGAUCAAGUCUCUCUAUAAAUGAAAUAAGCAAAGCAAAUGCUUCUUUACUCCUAAAAAAUGUUACGAUUUACGACAUUGGGUCAUACUCCUGCACAGUGACAGUAUUUUCUGACAAAGCCACAGGGAAAGUUACUCUGUCGGUAACAGCACCUCCUACAGUUUCAGUGAACACUGUAAACAUUGUAAUUGAACCUGGUGAAGACAAAGUAAUCAUUUGUGAGAUGAAAAACUUUUAUCCAAAAAAUCAUUCUAUCUUUUGGUUAAAAAGUGGCUCACAAGACAGUGAAAACCAACUUGAUGUUACAUCAAGAGCGGUUACAGGAUCACCUCAACAAAAUGAAGAUGGGACAUUUAAUCUGCUUUCGUUCCUUAUCAUCAAAGGCAUUCAAACAGAUGAUGGGGCUUCCUAUGUCUGCAAAGUUAUUCAUGAAGCUUUAAAGAUACCUGUACAAAAAGUUGUUAGUUUGACAAUCAAGGGAUCCAACCCAAGAAUAAGAUCAGGAACAUUGUUCACUUUUCUUCUAACCUUUGUGAUCACCAUGGCCAUUUGUUUUUGGACAUUUAUUUUUUGCAACAAUCAAGGAAAAGUUGCUCCAAAAGUGACAGACAUCAUCAAACCAAACUAUUUCCAUACAGAUGAUUCAGUCUCUCUGGCUUGUGCAGUUCUCUGGUUCAAGCCGAAAGCUGUCAAAGUCUCUUGGUACAGAGAGGAAGAGGGUAACUUCCAGAAAGUUCUCAUCAGUAAAUGGAACAGCACCUCAUCAUCUGUAAAACAAUUGGAAUACAGAAAAAUCGGGGAUUAUUAUCAGAGUGAACAAGACAAAACAAUGUACUUCACGGAAGGAGAACAUGACAUUGCCAUGUCUUUAGAAAAUCACAAAGGAAGUGGAGCAUACAGUUUAGUAUCUCAGCUCACCUUCAGAAAUACAGAAGCUACAAAAAGAAAGCUGAUAUAUUCUUUUGAAGUCCAGCAUGAUGCUCUGAAACACAGUAUUUCAAAAGUUAUUGCUUUGGAAACCAAAGGUGCUUGUGAGGAUCCUGGAUAUUUUCCAUCACAAUUGAAGCGUGCUGACUGGGCAAUUAAUGCUAUAGAAGAAGGUCGUCGAACAGUGGUAAAUUACAUCAGCCCAAAUAUACUGCCACUUUUAAACCUUUUAGUGAAUAAGAAAAUAAUAUCUGAAGACGACCACAAUGCAAUAAAAGAUAAACCAGACGUUGAUAAAGGGCGAACUCUUCUCGACAUGCUAAGCCACAGAGGUCAGGAAUCAUGUGCUAAUUUUCUCAAUGUACUGCAAGACACAGAAGACUAUUAUCCUGGUUUAAAACAGUUUAUAACAACACUACUGGAAUCCUACACUGACAAAGUUGACAGGCCAAGUAUUGAUCUUCUCCAUGAAAACUUACCAAUUGUUUCAUUUGAGGGAACCAAUGAAAAAAUCCAAAUAACCGAUUUCCCUGAAGAAAUCUCUGAAGUUGUGACCAUUCAUAAAGGAACAAUAAAAGCACAAAUGGAGAGAAUUAAACCAUACUUUGCAUUUGAUAACUCCAGACCUUUGCUACAAGAACAUUUCACCAGUUUAGUCAUUCUUAAUGUUCGAGAAAGGAAUAAAACAGAGCAUGAACUCCUACAACACAGGGAUUAUACAGCAUGUGAACGUAUUGAUUUAAGACAGCUCCUUUCACCAUCUGCACCUGGGGAAAAACCACCACGAGUCUGUCUAGUGCAAGGAGUGGCAGGAAUAGGCAAAAGUGUUAUGAUGCAAAAAGUCGCUCAUAGUUGGGCCUGUGGACCACUUUAUUCUGGGUUUAAUAUACUGCUGUAUUUCAGUUUUCGGGAGUUGAACACAAUCAAGGAGAAAAUUAGUCUAACUGAGCUUAUUAUACGUAGUUACCCUCAUCUGAGAGCAGUAUGCACAAAGAUAUUAGAAUGGCCCAGUAGGAUUCUGUUUUUAUUUGAUGGAUUGGAUGAAUUCAAAUCCUCUCUUGAUUUUGGCAUUUAUUCACAAGUUCACAUCUCCAUUGCUCAACACAUGAACCAUUUGAUUGCAAGUAUCAUAAAGGGAGACCUUGUUCACAAUGCAACCAUCCUUAUUACAUCCCGCCCAACCACAAUUGAUUUGGAUAACAAAGCAUAUUUUAAUCGUUGUGCUGAAAUUUUAGGAUUUUCCAAAAAUGAAAUUGCUGCAUACUUUGUGAAGUGUCUCAAGGAUAAAACAGCUGCUGAGCAUGUCUUUCAAAAGGUGAAGAGCAUUGAUUCCUUAUUUGGACUUUGCUAUGUUCCUGCAUUUUGUGACAUUCUGUGUUUCUACCUCCACAAGUCCUUUCACUGUAAAGGCAAGUGGUCUCAGCUGUCUUCCUUUCCCAGGACAAUCACAGAUUUGUUCCUCAGAUUUACCAAGUGUUUAUUGGUCUGUAACAAUGAUGAGGAAGAAGACCCUGAGUCCUUCUGCUUAGAAGAUGAUGAAGACAAAAAUGAGAUCAUUAAAUUAGCACAACUUGCAUGGGAUGGAGUCACCAAUAAAACAAUAAUAUUCUCAACAAAAGAUAUUGAAAAGAAUAUCACUCAAGGCAAAAAUUCCUUCUGGAAAAAAAUUCUCACCAAAGAAAGCCUGAAGAUGAUGCAGUCUCACAUUUGGCAAUUUUUCCACUUGACACACCAAGAAUUUUUUGCAGCACUAUAUUGCAUUUCUGCAAAUGAACCUGGAGUAAAUCAUGUUCAUAAAGCCUUCAGUUCAAAAAGCAGUGUGUUUGAGAUUGUACUGAGGUUCACUGCUGGCCUGGUGUCUCUCAGCAACAGAAAACUUGUGAAGCAAUUGGUACCUAAUUAUCAGGUUAAAGAUAGGGAAGUAUUUGAUGCUAUCAAAAAUGUUGCUGCAGUUGAAGUUCCUAAAGAAGACACGCUGACUCCAGAAAACAUUGUAAAGUACACAGCACACAAAAGACAAAAACUUACAGCCUCACAUUGUCUCUAUGAAGCAGCAAAUGAAAAUUUAACACAACAAGUUGCUUCCCAAACUAGUGAUACUGUAAACUUUUCUUACAUCUCUUUGAAUGUGACUGACUGCACUGCAAUUGCAAACCUUCUGUCUUACCAUACAACAAUUGAAACACUAGAAUUAGAUGGAUGUAAAGCUGGACCUUUGGGUUUCCAAAGACUCGAGUCUGUUUUCUCAAGAGUCAAGACACUGAGUUUAGAGGGAAACAUGCUGGAAGAUGAAGGAGCAGAGAUCAUUGCAAAUGCACUCAGAAGUAAGACGUGCAGAAUAGAAAUUUUAAGGUUAAAGCACAACUCCAUACAGGAAAAAGGAGCAGCUCAAAUAGCUGAUGCAUUGAAAACAAACAGUAGUCUGAAAACAUUGGGAUUAAGGGCAAAUUCUGUCCGAGCUAAAGGUGCCCGUUCGAUUGCUGAAGCCCUGGAGAUGAACACAACGUUGCGAGUUUUCGGCUUGCAAUUUAACAAGAUCGGGGAUGAAGGUGCAAUGUAUAUGGCAGAAGCAAUGAAAAAAAAUCGCAGCUUGGUUGAACUAAGACUCGGAGACAAUGGUAUCAGUGAGAAAGGGAGCGAUUAUUUUAGAAGUGCUUUAGAAGUGAAUGACACACUUGAAGAGUUGUGGAUUCUGGUGAAUAACAUCUCAAAUGAUGGAAAGGAAAGACUGAAAAAUGCCAAUCAUAAAAACCCAAAUAUUCGACUGAAUUAAUUUGGGAGAAUUAAAUGCAUAGGAGCUAUAUGACAAGAAAAUGUAUUUCAUUAAGACACAAGCUGUUAUUGAAUUCAGCAUUCGUCUGGCAUGAACAGGUUCAGGGACAAACUCUGCUCGACUGUUCCAGGAUCAAUGAGUUUACACCAUGGGAAGUGUUCCUGACUCCAGAAAAAAAAAGAUGGCUAUCCAGAAAGCAACAUUGACAAACUGAAAACCUUCGUUGACACGGAGGAAGUUCCAUGAUAUGAUUCGUCUUUAAGAAAGUGCAAUCACUUUUGAAAAUGAACUGCCUAAAACACAGUGGCUCAUAAAAGAGGACUGUGUUGUUGAUGUCUUGGUUUGUUGAUGCCAGCUUAAGGUAUACAUCUGAAAGUAUCCAUAGUAAACACCCAGCCGAGGCAGCACCCUUCAGUUGAAGUAUCUUGGGGUGAAAUGUAUGCUUUGUUUCUUACAUAUCUUUUUCUAAAUAAAGUAUGCUCUUUGGAUAUGACACAUUCCAUGCUUCAUCCCACUUUGGAGGAUGUUUAUGUGAACUACUUAUUGCGGGGCUACACAAACCUAUGGGCCAGACAAGUUUACUUCACUGAACAAGAUUAAUGAAUGCUAGUCUUACAAUAGCAAGGACAAUAUCUUCCAUUCUGUUAAAUGUUAUUGCUUAUAACAUGGGUUUAAUAGAAUAUGAAAUGUAUAAAUACUAUAUUUUUUUAAAAUGUACAAUUUUAUUUUGAUUUGAAGUAUUUGAUUAAAGUAUUUUGUUUUUUCUUGAUGAGUUUCAGAACUUUGACUAGCGCUAUUCACUUAAGAAAUUCCAAAGCACUUAUACCACAUUCCUCUCUGCACUUUUCCAGCGCAAAUGUUAAGCUGUCAGUAUUAGAACAAUGCAGAAAAUAACUUAAAAUAAGUACCUUGUAUGUUUUUUUCUAACAGCAACAAUGCAAUUUAAAUCCUGUACAUUUCUAAUUGAUAUGAAUUCAGAAGUUCAAAGGAUGCUUCUGUGGUAUCCACACUGUUUUACUGAUUGGAGCAAAUCAGAAAGCCCCAGUGCAGAGCACAUGCUCUCAAGUAGCAACUGAACACGUGUAUUUCCUGCUCCUUAGUAUUCAGUUGAAAAGGAAAUCUACCCAAUUUGCUAUGCCUGGUCUUUAUACAGUGAGAAUCCUGCAAUUAACAGACUUUACAGAAACUAGAACCUGAGCCAGGACCUUAUUGUUCUGUCCUGGCCACUUUGUACAACAGUAUAAGAAGCAAAUCUCUGCCAGGGAAUUCUGCAUUGACAAUCACAUGAUAUAAGGACUGCAAGAGUGUUUCAGUUAUAUUCAACAAUGUUGUACAACAAUGAUAUUGUAUCCAAGUUGUGUUCUGUGAUCCAAAAUAAAUGCAAUUAU